AUGGUGUCGACGCUUCUUUCAUUGUUGCAAUUCGCUAGUUUCUGCUAUGCGGGUCUUCAGGCUUCAUGCAAAUGCAUUCCCGGAGAUCCUUGUUGGCCCUCGCUUGUUACGUGGGAUGCCCUCAAUACAACCGUAUCUGGAAAGCUGAUCCGCAAUAUUCCAGUCGCUAUAUCAUGUUACCCCGGCACUUACCAGAAUCACAAUGAAUGCGCGCGUGUCUCGUCGCAGUGGUCAAAUUCCACAUUCCAACAGCUAUCUCCUGUGGGGUACUUUGGUCCUACAGAUGAAUCUUGCCCUCCAAUCGACAUGAGCUCUCAAUCUCGCACAUGUACGCUAGGGCCGGCUCCAGUGUAUACCAUCAAUGCAACAGAGCCCGAGGAGGUAGCAGCUGGUAUUGAAUUCGCACAGAAAAACCACGUACGUCUUGUGAUUAGGAAUACAGGACACGACAUGUUGGGGAGAUCUGAAGGCUAUGGAGCACUGCAGAUUUGGAUCAAGUACAUUCGAAAGGGGAUUUUAUUCCAAAAAGGAUAUGCUCCAUCGGACAGAUGUGCAAACAGCAAGUGGGAUGGCUCCGCAAUGGUAAUUGCCGGGGGUUAUGUUUGGCAAGAUGUAUACAAAGUUGCCUUUGAACGCAAUCUCACGAUUGUUGGCGGGGGAGACCCGACCGUUGGUUGUAUUGGUGGUUACACGCAAGGUGGGGGACACUCGCCAGCCAGUCAUGACUACGGGCUUGCCGCAGACCAAGUACUAGAAGCGCAAGUUGUAUUGGCAAAUGGCGAUAUUGUCACGGCCAAUUCUUGUCAGUUCUCAGAUCUAUACUUUGCGAUUCGAGGUGGAGGGGGUGGUACUUACGGCGUAGUCACGUCGAUGACUGUCAAAGUAUAUCCCAGCAAGCCUGUCGUCGCACAGUCCCUCGCAAUUACUCCACUCACUAAAGAUAUGGAAUCGCUCUUAGACGCGAUUACCGAUAUCUACCAGCAAUAUCCCAACAUCAUGGAUGCAGGAUUCUCCGGAUAUGGUUCCUGGUCUACCAACAGCCCCAUGGCGAAUCAAACAGCUGGCUAUAUGCACGUCGUUGCAGCUAUGGGCAAGUCUCUUGUCCAGUCACAGAAAGCCUUCGAUCAACUUUUCCAGACAUUGCAGAAGUAUAACGGCACUUCACUUCGUGUAUCAGUAGUAUGGUAUGAGUUCCCGACGUAUGGGGCAUACUUCCAGGAUCUGUCUGGUGUGUCCCAGCCAGUUGGGGUUGCUUCCCCCAACUCCGCCAUGACAUCGCGAAUGUUUGGCAAAGCUGCUUUGACGACCAAUCGUGCCGCUCUUCGCAGCAUGAUUGGUACCACUGCGGGUAAUUCCGAGGAGUUUACCCUAAGUAGUAUCGAGCUCGUCGGGGGUGGGAAGGUCCUCACAGAUGCAUCUGACAAGUACUCCAGUGUAAAUCCUGCCUGGCGGUCUACCUAUAUAGUCAGCAUUGUGGCUCGAUCUUGGGAUAAUCAUUCAUCUGCUCAAAUUGUCCAGCACGAUAUUACUGAUAUUAAGGGAGGGGCUAUGAAAACGCUCGAUCCACUCCUAGGAAGUUAUAUGAAUGAGGCCGAUCGCAACGAUCCCCAAUGGGCAACGAACUUUUACGGUACAAACUACGUGCCUUUAGCGCUCAUCAAGAAAAAGUACGAUCCGAGGAGUCUUUUCUACUGCCCGACCUGUGUGGGGAGCCCCUCGUGGUCCCAGCGGUAUUUGGAUGGAGCGAAUUACGGCCCACUUUGUCCCACUGGGCAGUGA